AUGAUCCAGUUAGAGAGCUUUGAUAUCUUCGAACAAGCAGGUGGUUGCCGUAAAGGUGUGGAGGUGACUCUGAAAGGCCAGACGGUAGGAGCGGUGGAAACGAAGCCUUUUACAAUCAGAUUUUCCGGCAUUGUGAACAAGGCUCAAAUCAACUACAUCAUCGUCGAGAAGGCUAAAGCAGCCUGCGUACCUGCAUCGACAUCAGGAGAGCUUGCAGCUGACCACGCUGCACACUCCGUCCCUGGAUCCUAUCCUCCACAGCUCAACGUCAACUCGCCGCGGACGUAUGUAGACAGCGAUGGAGACGGUUUUGUUCCUGUGACUAUUGACGGCAGAGGAAGUCACUCUCAUUUCUUUGACUCUGCCAACAACAUUAUUGGCAGAAUCACGGACUACACAUGGAGUAUCGCUGAGACAGGAGAAGUGGUCUCCCGUAAGCAGUCGUUUACGUACAGGUUUCCGCUCGGCACAACGCGCCUAAAGCUAUCGGUCACAGAUAAUUCCUGCACGACUGAUGAGGCGGAAACUACCGUCACGGUCACUGGCGCCAUCCAAGCAGGACAGUACUGCUACUUUUAUGACGGUCUUGACGAGUUACCGAAAAUUGGAGAGGAAGGCGCAUCGCAGAACCCGGCAUUUGCGGCUGUCGUCCAAUCUGCGACACUAGGCUUUCCAUCUUUCAGUUUCUCUGAUACCCAAUUUGCAGUGAAAUGCACGUUUUUCCUAGAAGUCAACACAGACGCUCCGUUGAGUGAGAUUUCCGUGUCAACGUUCGGAAGUGGUAUUGCGAGAGUUUACAAGGGUGAGGAUAUUAUUCUUGAUACAGCAACAUCCGACACGGCAGAGACGAGUUUGGCAGUCGGUCUCACUGGCUUUGAGGUCGUCUAUCUCCGCACCACGCUGUCGGCGACACCAAAGCUGCAUUUCCUUGUUGAUGGGGCAGCCCCCGCCGCCCCCAGGAUUAGUCAUGACCGGAAGAUGGUAGUUCCUAUUUUGACAUCGGCGACCCCUGCGGAAGGGCCAAUUCGAGGUGGCACAAUGGUCAAGGUGACUGGUUACGGGCUGUUCACUCCGUUCACUGUCAAGUUCGCGGGUGAGACAGUCACAGUUCUCGACUCAGGUCAGUCUCCCACUCAGUUCUUCGUGAAGUCGCCGACGGUGGCAAGCGCUGGUCCUGUCGAAAUUAGAACAACGUCAGGAACGGAAGUCAGUAGCAACGCGCUAACCUUCACGUACGGUGGUGCGGAGUCAUGUGAUUCCAUUGGAUUCACUAGGACGGAGCUGAAGAAAGCGAAUGGCAGUCCGUUGGACACUCUUGAGCUGCCUACUUCUGCUGCGAUUGGACAAGAUGGCAAGAUCUACCUUGGUACUCUAGGUGGCACCGUCCAAGUGGUUGAGUACGAUGUUGAUACUCUUAAGAUGACAUCACAAUGUCACUCUAAAGCAUUGAAAGACUCUAAAUACACGAAGAACAGUAUUCCUGCUGUCCGGGAUAUUCUCGGCAUAACAUUCGAUCCUCGUGACAAGGAGAUGAAACCAUACGUAUCGACAAGUACGAUAUUCUGGCAUGAGCGGGAACGUGUAGAUCGGAGCAUCAAGGACGUAUGGUCGAAUGGAGCCGUUGACCGUUUGAAGCCGGGCACUGAUCCAACAGACUCGGGCGUCUGCUUGGUGUACGACAAGCGAAUCGUCAGUGGCAUUCCUGUCUCCAACCAUGACCACUCAGUGAACGGAUUGGUGUUUACGCAGAACGGAGAUUUGCUGAUUACCGUUGGUGGAAACACGAACAUGGGUUUGCCUGGUUACAAGCUUGGCGGAUACUGGGAGUCAGAAUACUCUGCGGCCGUUCUCAUAGCUCGAUUGUCGAAGCCCAGCUUUGAUGGAGAUAUCAAAUAUCAGUUCCCUACCGAGCCGCGCAAGGCCAAGAUGAUUUCUGGAGAUGUGGAUUUGUACGCGACUGGGUUGCGUAAUUCGUUCUCAAUCACCAUGACAGGGAAAGAGCAAAUUUACGCAACGGAUAAUGGACCGAACUGCAGCUUUGGAGACACGUCUGCAAGUUGUAGCGAUUACGACGAAGCAAGAGCCGCAGCUUGGGAUCCCGACGCCGAAGUCGACUGGGAGGGCAAGGUGAGACAUGGAUGGGUGUCGUGUCCGUUCAGUCUGAGCAGGCCUGACAAAAUUCUGCACGUAACGCCAGGCAGUUGGUAUGGUCAUCCCAACAUCAAUCGCGGCGGUGUCGAGUGUGCUUGGAUAGACCCAUUCGAUGACCUCACAGCCGACGACAAACCGGCCCCUUCGAAGUACAAGAAAGCAAUGACGACAUUGCAGAGCCCCCUGACUGGAAUCGGAGAGUACAGAGCGAAUCACUUCUGCGGCAAGCUGCGUGGGGAGCUGAUCAUGUCAACGUACAAGAGCGGAAAGACGUGGAGGAUGGGGGUCAAUGGCGGGGCGGUGACGAGCGGCCCGGAUCAGCUUUCGUCGGAUGGUGGAAUCACUUUCGUGGAAAAUGCGCACGGAGAUCUGAUCUUCCCAAGGCUUAGCGAGAAGGAUGUGUUUGUGCUUCGACCGGAUGUGACGGCCUCUGCAGGAUUGUACGUGGUGGGGGCUGUGCCGUUCAGGCAUGGAAAGGGGGGAGGCACAGAAAUCAUUGUUGGAGGGGGUGGGUUCGGAGCUUCGACGACUGUAACUAUCGGUAGCAAGACGUGCGUGGUGACCAAGAGGUCAGCGAAGGAGAUGACAUGCACGGUGCCGGCCCACACCAGCGGUUUGAAAUCGUUGACGGUUGUGUCGUCAGGGAUCAGUGCAGAGUUGCCCGACGCAGUGUUGUACAUGAAGUAG